GUUCUACUUAGGUUGUGUCUUUGUACUUGUGAUAAGUUAACAAUUUUGAGCGUACGAAAUAAAACGGUUUGGUUGUAUAUACAUAUUAUUAUUGUGAUAGAUAUAAACUCUUGUACUCAGUGAUUUCAGUAAAAUCUAUUGACGAGUGGGAGCAGACGUAGUUGUCUGAACAGCGUGUGCCACGGUGGCGCCUCCUCAGCGACUCGCAACUGCGCAUGUGCAUACUGCAACCACGUGCGAACUGGGAAGCAACAGCAGCACGCAGGCAGUUCCCAGUGCUGAGUUACCGUCGCCGGCAGGUGGCGGGGCAGCGAGGACAGUGUGUUCCACAGUUGUGCGAGGCCAGCGUGUGCCUCAUUUUCUUUUCAGUUACCGUCGCCGGCAGGUGGCGGGGCAGCGAGGACAGUGUGUUCCUCAGUUGUGCGAGGCCAGCGUGUGCCUCAUUUUCUUUUCAGUUACCGUCGCCGGCAGGUGGCGGGGCAGCGAGGACAGUGUGUUCCUCAGUUGUGCGAGGCCAGCGUGUGCCUCAUUUUCUGUUGAGUUACCGUCGUCGGCCGUCCUUAUCGUGGCCUACACUGAUUUGAACUUUGCACCCUGUUGCACUGCAUAUUCAUUUAGAUUACGCACUGUGAAUAGGCAAUUGCACACCACAACAAAAGUAGCUGUUAGAGAAAGUUUAACCCUUGGCCCGCAUGUGCCUGAAAUGGCUGUGUCUGUGUGUGUGUGUCAGUGAUUAUUGGCACUACAGGAUACAAGGCGGCCUAUAAGAGAUACCAACGGCUUUAUACCUACAUACCAGUGUGUAAUUUUAAAAUUUUCCUGAAACGACUGCGUGAGAUGAGCCAUGAAUUAUAAGUGAAAAUAUACCCUGGCCACUGCGCAUGUGCAUUUUGCUGUGCGGAGUCCAGUCCCCAUGUAUGACUCGUUGGUUAACUGGCUUACCUCGACCUGAU